UCUCUCUCUCUCUCUCUCUCUCAAAUCAUUGCACAUAUUAAUAUCCAGCCAGAACUAUUGACCUAAAAGCUUCUUCAGAUAUCUUCAAAUCAAUUAACAGUAUGAUGUCUGCAUCUCUCUCACUUCCACACAAACUGAUACCAACUUCUGAGAGCAACUCCCUGUCUAUGAAAACCCACCAUCUCUUUCCACUUUUAGAAACAAAGUUCACUGAAGUUAAGCAACUCCAACAAGUUCAUGCUCAAAUGACAGUAACAGGACUCAUCAAACACACCGGUGCCCUCGCCAAGUUCAUCUCCUCCCUUUCCAAUUUUGGAAACUUGGCCUAUGCCAUGGUGGUUUGCACCUAUGUAGACCACCCCAAAGUAGUAGCAUGGAACACCAUUAUCAGAGCUUCUCUGGUUCAAAACCUUCCAAAAAUGGCAAUCAUGGUAUAUUUGAAUAUGAUCCAUGAAUCCAUCACUUACCCAGAUAACUACACAUUCCCAUCAUUACUCAAGGCUAGUGCCCAACUAAUGGAAUUCACAACAGGCAAGGCCUUACAUGGCCAAACUGUUAAAUUUGGACUCAAUUUAGACCUUUACAUAGAAACCACUCUGAUCAAAAUGUAUACAGAUUUUGGGGAUUUAUACUCAGCUGAAAAGCUAUUUGGAAGAAUGGGUGCUAAGAAUUCUAUAGCAUGGACAACUUUGAUCACUGGUUAUGCACAAAAAGGUUAUGCUAAAGACGCUUUGCUGCUCUUCUCUGAGAUGGAAUUACAAGGUUAUGAGCCAGAUGAAGUGACCAUGGCUACUGUUCUUUCUGCCUGUGCAGAAUUGAAGGACAUUGAAUUUGGGCAGAAGAUUCAUCAUUAUAUCAAAAACCGAGACCUCAAAGUUUGCACGGUUCUUGGGACUUGUUUGGUAGAUAUGUAUGCGAAAUGUGGAAGGAUUGAUGAAUCCAGAAAUAUGUUUGAUGAGAUGCCUCAAAGAAAUGUGGUCUCUUGGUCUGCCAUGAUAUUGGGUUAUGUGCAAAAUAACCAAUGUUUCGAGGCUCUGAGAUUGUUCAAAAAAAUGGUUUCUGAAAGUGUAAGACCCAAUGAAGUAACCAUGAUAGCAGUGCUUUUGGCUUGUGCACAGGCUGGAGAUUUGAAUUCUGGCACGUGGGUACAUGCCUAUAUCGAUAAAAACCAGAUAAAUUUGACUGUAAAUUUGCAGAAUUCUCUAAUAGACAUGUAUUCAAAAUGUGGGUCAGUUGAUUUAGCUCACCAUAUUUUCGAAAACAUGAAGGCAAAGGACUUGGUUUCUUGGAAUGCCAUGAUUUCUGGCCUAGCUCACCAUGGCCUUGUCAAAGAGGCUCUCAAUGCCUUCUCUUCAAUGCAAGAACAGGGAAUCAAGCCAGAUAAUAUCACAUUUAUUGGGGUUCUAACAGCUUGCAGCCAUGGAGGUCUUGUUAAAAUGGGGUGGCAAAAAUUCAAAGAGAUGAGAGAGAAACACAAAAUAAGUCCAAAAAUCGAGCAUUAUGGAUGCAUGGUUGAUUUGCUCGGCCGAGCUGGUUUUCUCGUUGAGGCCAUGGAGCUCAUAGACAAGAUGCCAAUGGAACCAAAUGGUGCGGUUUGGGGAGCUUUGCUUGGUGCAUGCAGGGUUCAUAACAAUCUCGAGUUGGGUGAGCUGGCAGCAAAGAGGCUCCUUGAGAUUGAGCCCCAAAACGAUGCAAAUUAUGUGCUUCUCUCGAAUAUCUAUGCAGGGUUUACUCGAUGGGAGGAUGUAAAGCUCAUCAGAAAGAUGAUGCAUGAGAGAGGAGUGAGAAAGAUCCCGGGAUGUAGCAUAAUUGAAAUCGAAGGAUUUGUUCAUGAAUUUCUAGUGGGAGAUAAGUCGCACCCUGAGUCAGAAAGCAUUGAACCAAUGCUGAAUUAUGUCAUGGAGAGAUUAAAAUUGGAAGGGUACGUUGCAGAGAGGUCUCAAGUCUUGUUGAAUCUAGAUGAGGAAGAGAAGGAAAGCUCACUUUAUUGGCAUAGCGAGAAAUUGGCACUCUGCUUUGGGCUUAUCAAGACAAAGAAGGGGGAUCCAAUUCGGAUACUAAAGAACCUUCGGGUUUGUGGGGAUUGCCACACUGCAUUUAAGUUGGUUUCGAGAGUUUUCAAAAGGGAUAUUAUCAUAAGGGAUCGAAGCAGGUUCCAUCAUUUCAGAGAUGGGUCUUGUUCAUGUCGGGACUUUUGGUAAAAGAGGGCAUCAGUCCACCCUGUGCAUUAUCAUAUUGCUUUUUCAAGAAUUCAUUUAGAAUUCAUAUUAUUUUUCAAAUAAUUCCUUGAG